AUGGCUGAACAAAAAUACAACAUAGCUAUGGUUUGCGAUUUCUUCUACCCGCAGCUUGGGGGUGUUGAGUUCCAUAUAUACCAUUUAUCUCAAAAGCUAAUCAAAAUGGGGCACAAUGUUUGUGUUAUAACUCAUGCCUACGGAGAUCGAACAGGAAUACGAUAUCUAUCAAACGGUUUGAAAGUUUACUAUGUUCCAUACUUGGUACUCUAUAGACAGACCACUUUUCCAACAGUAUUUGGAAGCUUUCCUAUAUUCAGAAAUAUUUUGAUUAGAGAACAGAUUGAUGUAUUACAUUCGCAUGGAAGUGUUUCCAGUUUUGCGCACGAAGGAAUACUACACGCGAAUACAAUGGGGAUACAGACUGUGUUUACAGACCAUUCUUUAUAUGGAUUUGAUAGUCUCGGUUCAAUUCUUGUCAAUAAGCUACUAAAAUUCACUUUAUGCAACAUCGAUGCUGUCAUUGCUGUCUCUCAUACUUGUAAAGAGAAUAUAAUACUCCGAGCAAAUCUUGAUCCAGAUAAUGUGUCAGUCAUACCGAAUGCGGUUGUUUCCAGCAGUUUCAAGCCUAGAGAUUCAACAAUAAAGAAAAAAUCUAACAGAAUAACAGUAGUGGUGAUUUGCAGGUUGUAUACCAAUAAGGGAGCUGACCUUUUGACACACUUAAUUCCAAAGGUUUGUACGAAUAACGAUAACGUCGAUUUCAUUGUUGCUGGAGAUGGGCCAAAGUUCAUUGCAUUCCAACAAAUGAUAGAAAAUAAUAGGCUUCAGGAACGCGUUCAACUUUUAGGAUCUGUGCGACACGAACAUGUUAGAGAUGUCAUGUGCCAAGGGGAUAUAUACCUGCAUGCAAGUUUAACUGAAGCAUUUGGAACAGUUUUGGUUGAAGCUGCGUCGUGCGGGUUACUAAUAGUAACAACAUCUGUCGGUGGUAUACCGGAGGUCCUUCCUGAAUAUAUGACCGUAUAUGCCCAGGAAACCUCGGUAUCUAGUUUGAUAAAGGCGAUGAACAAAGCGAUACAUCGCAUAGGACAUAGCAAAGUUAAUACAACACAAUUUCAUGAAACUAUCGCACAAAUGUAUGACUGGAUGAAUGUGGCUGAAAGAACCGUCCAGGUUUAUGACAGGAUAUCUUUAGAUGUACGCUCCUUAAACAAGAAUUGGGUCGUUAUGCUAAAAAAGUAUUAUAGACAAGAUGGAAAUUGGGCCAGAUUAUUGUAUGUUCUUUGCGCUAUAGUGGAAUAUAUUUUACUCUAUAUUUUAGAAAUUCUAUAUCCAGCAGGUGAUAUUGAUAGGGUUGUUAAAUGGAAUUCCCGCAUUUGUAGAGACCCUCAUAUAUAA